AUGCAGGUCCUUGAGCCCCGUCCGCAUCGCUGGAUCCGUUUGACGACGGACGCGCAGAUCCGCUCGCCGGCAGCGCACACAGUUCCACACUCUUGCACCUUCCAUCCGCACAGGUCUUCGUUCGCAGAGCUUGCUCGCUCGUACGCUCUGUUCGCUCCGCGCAGCUUGUCCCCUCGCACAGCUCGCAUGCUGAGCUCAGCUUGUUCGCACAGCGCGUUAGAGCUCCUCGUCGUUCGCAUACGCGAAGCUGGCACACACACUGAGCUCGACGCUCAACCCUGUCGUCCGUUCGAUUCUGGGGUUCGCUCAGCCUUGUCGUUUGCCGAGCUCCUUUGUUCGCAUGAUACCUUUGCUGAGCUCGCUCCGUGGUUCGCAGAUCUGUCGUUCGCUCGGCUCGUGAUCCUCCCAUUUGCGCAGCUCCUCUUCCGCUCAGCUCCUCGUCCGCUCGACUCUAUUUUUACGCUCAAUUUUGUCGUCUGCUUCGCUCUGUCGUCCGCUCAACUCUGUCAGACUCGUUUGCAGAUCCAUCGCUCGCAGGUCUGGUCCGCACAGCGCAGCUCGUUCGCUCAACUCGGUCUUUCGCGUCGCUCUUAA